AUGGACUCUCUUAGCAUACCGCCUCCUGUGAUAGAUUGGCUCUUCAAAGUAACACAGCCCUACUAUGACGGCAGGGCCACAUUCAGGGAUGUAUUGUACACAUUGAGCGAAUACCGCAACUUGAGACCUCGGACAAAGACAUAUACGGACUCGCAGGGCAAGUCGGCACUACUAUUGUGUUUAUACGGUGUCAUCGAGAGCGGGCAGAUAGCGGUACCGGUGCUUAUUUGGAUCCCUUUGGAAUACCCUAUUUUAGCACCGUACGUGUACUUAGACCUUGACUCCCUCCGAGAUUACAAGAUCAAGCCAAAUGGAGUCGCUGAUUCUAACGGUUUAUUUUCGCUGUCUGCGAUACACAAUUGGGAUGCCCAAGUAUCCAACCUACGGGACCUUGUGCAGGAGCUCACAUCGGUGAUUCUAGAGGACACGCCGGUCAUGUCCAGUACUGGUGCCGCAUUGGAAAACCCACCACUCCCUGAACGAAUAAGUUUAGCGCCCUCUUUUUCGCCGAAUAUCAACUCCUUUGCCGAAGACAUGACGCGGGCAACACUGCACGGGCAAGAGCGGCCGCCUGCGCCAGAACUGCCACCUAAACCUUUUUCCAAAACUCCUUCGGCAACUUCAUUCCUUAGGACUCCUUCAGAAGCCCCAACAGGUGCUAUACAUCCCGCUAGCUCUCUUAAAGACGCACCCGAAACUCUCGAGUCACAAAUAUCUCAGCUUAGCCUCAUGGACAUUGAUGCAGGGGACCAACAAAACCUGUCUCACACGAAAGCACUUACAGCCCUACAUGAGGCAGUAGCCUUGCUAGCAGAGCAAGACCAUAGAACUGUACAGGAUACACUCCGUAGCAGGAUGUUAGCAGUGCAGAACGCUAAAAUCCAAUUUCGCAACAUAUGUGACCACGAAAUGACCAUGGUAGGCCAGAAGGAGACCAUCCUGAGCAAAAGACAUGAAGCUUUAGUAAAUGGCUUAGACCACAUCAAGGCACAGCUGAAUAAAGCCCAGCUGUAUGUUCAGGAUCACGGUCCCGAGUGUGAUCUACAAUCAAUACUGGUUCCGGAAACUCCCGGCAUUCAACAGCUCAGAGAGCUUGUUGCUCAAGAUCAUGCUAUUUCUGACACCAUCACUGCGCUUAGUAGAAUGCUGGGCCAAGAUAUAAUCUCCAUUGAUUCCUUUAUGAGGAAUGUUAGAGCUUUGGGGCGAGAUCAGUUUAUGAUCCGUCUCCACAUCAAUAAGAUCAUGGGCGUGGUAACGGCAUAA